AUGUACGUGCCUGUGGUCCUCUUGCUGGCCAGCAGCGCCCUCGUCUCGGGCGCGGCCAUCGACAACGUCAGCCCACAGGCCUGGACUGCGCUGUCGAGCGCCGUGCAAGGACGACUGUACACCGAGACGCCGCUUGCGAAGCCCUGCUAUGCGCUCUACAAUGGCACGCUCAAUACCCCUGACGCAGCACAGUGCGCGCAAGUGAUCCAGGGCUACAAGACCGACACCUACCUCGUCACGCAGCCCGGCGGCUACCUCAACACCAACUGGGGCACCUGCCAGGCCAAUGCACAGGGCUGCAACCUCGACUAUACCGCGCCGGCGAUCCCUGCCUCGGGCGCCAACUGCUUCCAGGGCAGCGUGCCCUCGCGCUACAUUGAUGUGAGACGCUACCAGGACGUCCAGGCUGCCCUGGCCUUUAGCACUGCGACGGGCGUGCCCCUCGUCGUCAAGAACAGCGGACACGACUACAAGGGUCGCUCGUCGGCGCCCAACUCGCUCAAGCUGUGGACGCACAACCUGCAACCGGCCAUUACACUGAAAAAGGCAUUUGUUGCAGCAGGCUGUGCGGCGUCUACGGCGACGACCGCCGUCUCCUUUGGUGCCGGACAGGGCUUCCUCGGUCUCUACCAGUUCGCCGAGGACAACAACAUAACCAUCGUAGGCGGCUCCUCGCCCACCGUGGGCACGGCCGGCGGGUGGAUCACCGGCGCCGGCCACUCGUCCAUCUCCAACACGCUGGGCCUUGGCGUGGACAACGUGCUGGAGAUGCAGGUCGUCACCGGCAAGGGUCAAUACCUGACGGCGAGCCGGUGCCAGAACGCGGACCUGUUCUAUGCCAUGCGUGGCGGUGGCGGCGGGACGUUUGGUGUCAUCAUGUCCAUGACGACGCGCGCCCAGCCGCGCCUCAACCUCCAGGUGGCCUACAUUCGGUUUGUCUCGGCGAACCUGGACAGCGUACGUGGGUUUCUCAAGGUUCUCAUCGAGAACGCGCGCUCGAUCGCACAGGACGGCUGGGGUGGAUACAUUGAGCCAGCCGCCAUGUCGACGCAAGCCAGUGGCCUGGUCCUCUUCACGCCCAAGCUCAACAACGCUGCGGCCAAGGCAAGCAUGAAGAAUGUCACCGACUACGUUGCAGCGCUGACUAGCGCCAACGUCAUCCUCAACAACGAGGUGGACGAGGGCGGGACCUUCUUCUCCGCCUACAACAAGUACCUCGUCCCCAACGAAGAGCUCGUCGGUCUGGGCACGGCGAUUGGCUCACGAUUGAUACCCACGGCCAACUUUGUCGGAGCGGCGAACCAGCAGACGCUCCUCGACGCUCUGAUGAAUGUCGUCAACACGGUGGAACAGCCCUUCCCGCUGGCUGAGCCGCUCCUCUACACGUACGGCGCCCCGCUGCAGUUUCUCGUCACCACGCCGUACAACUACAAGGAUGACGGCACCAGCGCCGUGACGCCGGCCUGGCGCAACAGCCUCUGGCACGUCUUUAUCAACUCGGCCUUUUCAAACGAGGCAAGCGCCACCGAGAUCUCCGCCGCCUUUCAGCGCUCUCACACGGCCGCCGACUUUCUCCGCAAGAUCACGCCCACGUCGGGCGCCUACCUCAACGAGGCCGAUGCCUUUGAGCCCGACCCCAUCAACUCGUUCUGGGGCCAGACCAACUACAAGAAGCUGCUCUCGCUCAAGUCCAAGUUUGACCCAAAGAAUCUCCUCACGAACCACCAGGCCAUUGGAUGGAAUGCCAGCGACCCGCGGUAUGCCUGCUAUCCCCCGGCUCCCAGCAGUACCCUGUAA